AAACGUUGUGGAUAAGACUUAUAUAAAUAUGUGAUAAAGUGAACUUUAUGCAUCAAAGAUACAACAGUGCAAAAUAUGAUAUUCGUUAACUUUGAUACGUAACUAAAAUGCUGUACUAUCUGUACGCUUAAAAGUAUCGCAUUACUUAGGACACGAAGUAGUAUGACAGAAAUCUCUCACUGUUUAUUUCUGAAGCUGGAAUUUAUACAUUUCAAAAUUUCUAAAGUUUCCAAAUUUCUAAACGUUCUCGUGUAACGUCUACCGCACCCAUUAAUAUACAGAUUGAGGUGACGACUAUCCCUCGAUCAGGAGAGCAUAAUGGGGGAAGAAAGAUUGGACGUAGACAAGCCACUUUGGGAUCUCAAAACCUUUGUAGGAAGAUGGAAAUACUUCGCGUGGAUGACUGAUUUCCGUACAUGUAUCGUUCCGGAAUCCGAACUGCUCGAAGCUAAGAAACUAAUAGAAGACUAUAGAGUUGGGAAGGAGCCAGCUGGUACAACCCGAGAGCAGAUCAUCUACGCUAAAAAGCUUUACGAGUCGUCCUUUCACCCCGACACCGGUGAACUGCAAAAUGUCUUUGGGAGAAUGUCCUUUCAGGUACCGGGUGGAAUGGCCAUCACUGGUGCCAUGCUUCAAUUCUAUAGAACAACUACCGCUGUGGUCUUUUGGCAAUGGAUGAAUCAAUCGUUUAACGCGUUAGUCAACUAUACUAACAGAAACGCUAACAGCCCUACAACAGAGUUUCAAUUAGGUGUGGCUUAUGUUAGCGCUACGUCCGCUGCAAUGUUAACGGCAAUAGGAUGCAAAUCGUUUUGGGCAAAACGAGCAAAUCCACUUAUGGCGCGUUAUGUACCAUUCGCUGCUGUGGCGGCCGCGAACUGUGUAAACAUUCCGUUGAUGAGACAAAAUGAAAUAACGAAAGGAAUUGAAAUUAGCGAUGAAAAUGGCAACAGACUCACAAAGUCGAAACUAGCAGCGAUCAAAGGCAUCAGCCAAGUAGUAAUCUCAAGGAUUGUUAUGUGCGCACCUGGCAUGCUUAUUCUUCCACCCAUUAUGGAAAGACUGGAAAAAUACUCUUGGAUGCAGAAGAUUAAACCGCUGCAUGCGCCUAUACAAGUUCUGCUGGUCGGUUGUUUUCUGUCGUUUAUGGUUCCUACGGCUUGUUCCUUAUUCCCACAAAACUGCUCCAUUAAGUCAUCCACUUUGGAACGCUGGGAACCCGAAAAUUAUGAGCUUCUAAAGAAGAAUUGUAAAAACGGAGAGAUACCAACGCAUUUAUACUUUAACAAAGGUUUAUAAUGUACAAGAAUCGCUAGUCCCGAUAAAAACUUUUGCAGGAUUACAUUCUCAGUCACCCUCUAAACAGAGUUAUAGUAAGCUGAUUAAUUAUGGAAUUGAACAAAGUUUCGCGUACAGUUCGAAGUUGGGGAAUUUGUAGUUUUCUGCUGGUUCAGAGGAUAACAAACGUUUCGGAAAGAACCUAGACAUAUUAUCCAGUAAAUAUGACAAUAUCGCAUUUCAGAUCAUUUUUAUUUACAUGGCAAUAUAUUUAAUUCGUAAGUCUCGUCGUUUGUGCUAAGUUAUAAGAAUUGAAUAUUCAUGGUGCAUUUUUAUAAUCAAUAACAAUUGUCUCUUGCGAGUACGUGAUACCGUCAUAAAUGUUGACAAUAUUAUACUAUUAGUAAAUGUAAUUAUGUCACAUGAGACGUUCGCACAGCAAUAAUUUGUCUCUACUUAAUAAAUUAGGCGUACAUAUCUAUUAAGCUGCAAUAUCAUGAUCUUGCACAUCAUUGUUAAAUCGCUCGACACGCGUAGUAAAUUGUUAAAUGAUUGUCGAUACACUAUUAUUUCUACCUUCUUAAGCCAUCAAACGGAGCGAACGAUGCUGUCAUGUAUAUUUUAGUAAUAAUAAAAUAACUGCUAAAAAUAAAA